GUCGCGGCGCAGGCACCGAGCCCCUCGCCAGCCCCACGCAGUCACAGCGACCUCCGGCUCGUCCCGCUCUCUCUUCCGGCGCUGCGGAGCUGCAUCUGGCGUGUACCUGGCACCACCCCGGCCGCGCUGGAGCCCGCGCCCGCCCUGGCCCGGCCACGCCGGGAACCCGGCCCCGAGCUGGAGCCCCAUCUGGAGCCACGGGCCCGGGGCCCUGAGCCGCGCAGCCGGCGCAUGGUCAACUCGCUGCUGUUCGGGGAGAUGGCCUUGGCUUUCGGCUGCCCGCCGGGGGGCGGAGGCUGUGCAGGCGGUGGCGGUGGUGGUGGGGCCGGGCCGGGGCCCUCGCCUGUAACGGCGGCACUGCGGGACGAUCUGGGCUCCAACAUCCACCUCCUCAAGGGGCUCAACGUGCGCUUCCGCUGCUUCUUGGCCAAAGUGCACGAGCUGGAGCGGCGCAACCGGCUCCUGGAGAAGCAGCUGGAGCAGCAGCAAAGCGAGCGCGAGCGGCGGCUGCGCUACAAGACCUUCUCCCGCGAGCAGGCCGUGCAGACCGGGCCCGAACUGCUGCGGCCGCCGGCUGCGGGCGGCGGGCAGGCCCUCGGCGCGGCCACCGGCGUCAACGCCAACGCGGUGGCCCUGAGCGGCCUGCCCCCCGGCGGCGGCUCGCACCCGCAGCACUACGGUCGCCUGCCCGGGACCAUAUGGAGCUACACGCAGGUGCGGCGCACGGGCGGCGGCGGCGUGGAGACAGUGCAGGGCCCCGGCGUGUCGUGGGUACACCCGGACGGCGUGGGUGUGCAGAUAGACACCAUCACGCCAGAGAUCCGCGCACUCUACAACGUGCUGGCCAAGGUGAAGCGCGAGCGUGACGAGUACAAACGGAGAUGGGAGGAAGAGCUGGCCAAGCGUAUGAACCUCCAGACCAUGGUGGACACACUGCAGGAGGCAGCGCAAGAAGCCGAGGCCAUCCAGGAGGAGAUGAACGAGAAAAUCGAACGGCUCAAAGCUGAGCUGGUGGUGUUCAAAGGGCUCAUGAGUGACCCCAUGACAGACCUGGACACAAAGAUCCAAGAAAAGGCUAUGAAGGUGGACAUGGACAUCUGCCGCCGGAUCGAUAUCACGGCUAAGCUGUGCGAUGUCGCACAGCAGCGGAACUCGGAAGACGUGUCCAAGAUCUUCCAGGUGGUCCCUAAGAAGAAAGAUCGUAAGGUGGCUUCAGAUGAUGACAUCUCCGAGCAGGAUGGGGAGGUGAAUCGGUUCUCAGAUGAGGAGGUCGGCUCCAUGAACAUCACGGAUGAGAUGAAGCGCAUGUUUAACCAGCUGCGGGAGACCUUUGAUUUCGAUGACGACUGUGACAGUCUGACUUGGGAAGAGAAUGAAGACACGCUGCUGCUAUGGGAGGAUUUUACCAACUGUAACCCGACCAUUGACCUGCAGGGCGAGCAAGAAGAAAACUUGGGCAACUUGAUCCAUGAGACUGAGUCCUUCUUCAAGACGAGAGACAAGGAGUACCAGGAGACGAUAGGGCAGAUCGAGCUGGAGCUGGCCACAGCCAAGAGCGACAUGAACCGACAUCUGCAUGAGUAUAUGGAGAUGUGCAGCAUGAAGCGAGGCCUGGACGUGCAGAUGGAGACCUGCCGUCGGCUCAUCAAAGGCUCUGCAGACAGGAAUUCACCGUCCCCCAGCUCUGUGGCCAGCAGCGACUCAGGAAGUACAGAUGAGAUCCAGGAUGACCUGGAGCGGGAGGCAGAUGUGGAGCCCAUGGUCAGCUGAUAAUGGAGGCCCUGGGCAACUGGUGGUCUUGGUGGUGAGGCCCAGGCUCCUCUCCUCGCUGAGCCACACAGACUGCUGUCCUUCCUCCUCUGGAGGCCCAGCGGGACCGCUGCUUCCUUCCUUCCUCCACCGCCCACCACUCGCCCACGGAAUGGUGCUGUCGAUUUUCUACCGUCCUCCACAUCACAAAUGCAGACUUGUGUGCGACGAUGCAACUGUGCCUUCUUCUCCCUUACGCUGAGCCACUUUGAGCUCCAAAGAAUUCUUCCUAGCAGGUGUUUUUUAUACAAAACUCUAAGGCGAGGGUGGGGCCUGGGUGUGGUAUCUCUUGGUUUUGUCCCUCCCUCCUGCUCCUCUGAUUGACCGUGAGCUUUGCCCUCCCUCCCUCUGUCCUGGCCCUGACUGGAUUCAAGUCGGUGGCCACUUGGGGGGAAUCUGCCUUCCAGAGGAAGGGGGCCAUUUACUCCAGACCUGGGUGAGGAGGACUCCUUAGUUCUUUCUCACCCACUGAAGGAGAGAGAGGCCGAUGGAAUGCCUGCCUGCCGGGAGGGGAGACCAAUGUUUUUCUUUUUCUUUUGGCUCUAGUGGUGAUGUGUUGGGGGCAAGGCACUGUGGGGGAAGGUAGAGCCUCACUGUUUAAACUAUGCAAAAAAACAAAAACAAAAAAGCAGCUUGCCUUAUAUCAGUGGGGGAAGGCAGGCCCUCUCUCAGACUCCUGGGAACUGGGAGGGAGGCCAAGGUUAGCAUGAAGCCCUCAUAGCCUCUGAGGGUGAGCGGUGGAUUUGGGGGUGGUUCCAUUCAGACCUCUGGUGAGGCCUGCAUUCUGUCAGCUGGCCCACUGGACUGUUGGCUUUCUUGGGGACCUCUGUGGGGUGGGGUGGGUGGGGUGGUGGUCUUUUAUUGUCCUGGUGACUUGAUGUUCUUUCCCGUCUCUCCAGCCACCUGCCGGGCUCCACAGUUGUAAUUUCUCUGUGAGAAAGUAUGAACGGGCCAGGCCGCUGGUACCCACUCCGUCCGCCAUGGCGCCAUCUUGGUCUUCCUUUGUCCCUCUGGCUGGAAGAAAGCCUUGUGAGGGAAGGGGAGGGAGGUGGUGAGGCUCCUGGCAGGCUGGUGGUAGCCGGAGUAGCACCCGCAAGUGAGGACCAUCCUCAUUCUUGUUUCUAGGCUUUUCCAUACUCGCUUGGCUGGACUCUUGGGGAGUCACUCUGAGCCAGUGUUUCCCCAAAGCUCCAAGGGGCCUGAGUUAAGGGAUCAUAAGAUAGACCAUCCAUCUAGUCUCAGAUGGGAACUCACCUAGCAAUCAGGUUUAAUUUUUAUUUUAUUUGUUCUUAUUUUUGUGUCCACUCUAGUGGUUUUGAUGGCCUGUGUUGUUUUUGUUGACCCAGGAGCUCCCUCUGGAGGUCAAAGGAACAAAAUGUACCCAGGGACCAGAACCCAUGGCCCUCUGAGGCCUGUGUGUUGAAGGGCAGGGGACUCUGGGCUGGAGCCGUGGUGGUACCCCGAUUCUCCUCUGCAUCUUUGUGUCCUCUCUGUGAGUGGCCCCAUCUGUUUGGCAUUUAGAACCAGUGUAUAUAAUAGGCAAUGUAUGUAUAGAGAAGAGAGAGGAUGUAUCUGUUGGCGACUUCUUAACGUAAUUUAUCAGAAUUUGGUGGCCUUUCCCAUGUGUGUUUUCCAUGAUGGGGGGUGGGGUGCAUCCCACUGGUCUCUGUGCAGCCUGGCUGCAAGGAUUCACUUAUCAUCUCUGGAUGGCCCAACAGUCCCUUCUGGCAGGUACUUGGAGGGACGACACAGCCCCUCCCCUCCCCCUUCUCACCGAUCCUUCUUUCAAAGGUUACAGGGUUCAUAUGCUUCUGGUUAUUACUAUUGUGUUAUUGAUAUUUUGUUUUUAUUUUAACCAAAGGGAAUCAGAACCAGAUGGGUCUGGACCUUAGCUGCUGUAAAGAUUUCCGUUUCCAUGAGGGCAGGAAGAUGGCUGCCCCCAUAGGUCUCCUCGGCUGAGGCUGGGGAGAGCCUGGCAGGCAGAGUAGAAGCUGGCCCUUAGAUGUUCUCCAGGGUGGUGGUGUGGUGACACAUAUCUCUAGAGUUAAGACAGUAAGUUACAGUAUCAACGUUUGGGGUGACGAAGGUAACCCUGGAAGUUGGUGUCCUGUGUUGUUAUUUUUGUUUUCCCAACUGUAUACAUAGGUCAUUUGUCUAGGACGUAUGAGAAAGGCAGGCUCCAGCAUGUUCCUUCCUGCUGGCUUUCGAAGUCUGCUUUCCCCUGGGGACUGAGGUUCCGAGGCAGGAGGAUGAUGGGAGAAGAGCCAGGGAAUGGUGGUCAUGCCUCCUGGGCUGGUUCUGGGGUCUGGGCCUGGCCUCCUCUCUCUCUCUCCUCUCUCUCUCUUUCAGUUCGUUGCCAGUGGGCCCUGCUUGUCCCCUCACUGUGAGCCCACAGCUUGCCAAGAAAGACCCCACCGCUCACUGGGGGCAGCGCCUGCGCAGUCUGGGCAAACGCGUCCACCCUUGUAAACAUGUACAUACUUCCUUUUGAGUUUUCUAUUUCUGAGCCUGGUGUCAUAUUGACACUGGGGUUUCAGGGCUUCUCAGAUGGGCUCUCCGGCUGGCCCUUGAUCACGCUCCUCGUUUGGGGGCCACAUACACAGGCACAGCAGGGAGACAGCAGCAUCCUUUCGGGUCCCUGGUUGAUCGUGAAACACACACACACACACACACACACACACACACACACACCCCUCACACUCCUCCAAAUGAGAACGACUGGGAAGAAGUUUUGUCUCCCUGUGGCCGUGUGUCUGGAAGGCCUGUCCACCGUGGACUCUGCUCUGGGGGUGGAGCUCAGAUGACCUAUGGAGAGUCAAACCACUUUGACUUUGGGGCGGGAGGAGAGGGGGGUGGGCUAAGGGAUCAGGUAAGGUGUAACUUAAGCUAAAUGUAUUCUAUUUAUAAAGCAAGAGACUCUAUUUUUAUGAAAGGAAAAGGUUUUUAAUCUAGGGUAGGCAGUCGUGGUGGCCCAGCACUUUGCUGUGGAUGAGAUGCCACCAUGCUCUUUGGCUCGGGGUGUGUAAUUGUCACCCUGCCUUCUGUCUUCGCUGUACACAGCGGGGGCAGAAGUGGCUUCUUUCUUUCCUCAGCCCUCAGCUCCUUGGAAGUCUUGAAAGAGAGCUGGGAGUGGGGGGCCACGGGUGGGGGUGGGGCCAGGCAAGUGAACUGCAGGAAACUGAGGUGGGGGAGGGGUGCUUCCGAGGUAGGUUCUGGUUCGUUUCCCCAGCUCCCCUCUGCUCCCACUCAGCUGGGGGUGGGGUGGGGUCAGAGCUGGGAAGCCCCGUGGGCUUGGGGAACACAGGACUUCUUCAGGGCCUGGGGCUUACGGUGUCUGGGGUUGUCAGGCAGCUGAAGUAGGCACAGAAGGACCCAAGAUGCUGAGCGCUCAGCCCUGGCUGUGUCUACUCCAGGCCAAGGUCGAGCUUGUGUCUUUGUUCCCUGGACGAAGGAGCCGGGCUCUGGAGGAUUGCCUCCGACCUGGGUCCUCCCUCUGGGACCCCCAGCUAGGCUUUGGAAGGGUAACCACCCGCAGGGAGCGAUGGGGAGGGGUCUGAGCAAAGCCAUACACUGUCUCUGGGAGGGGAUUUUCCAUGUGUGAAGAUUUCCAGGCUCAGUGUGGGCUGUGUGUGAGCCUUAGGUGAACCCCUCGCCUUUCCCGCCCCACCCCCAAGCUCUCAAAGAAAUGGGGUGAACUCCCCACAAUGACCCCUUUAUGCACAUUGUAGCAUCUACCUGGUUUUUAGCCCCACCCUAUCCCACGGUUGCUGUGUCUGUCAGCUGGGUCUGAAAAUCAAUCCCCGGGAGGGGUUUGUACUCACUAAAAGACUACUGACCCUACCAUAAAGCCAACCUGUUUACUGUACUGUUGUAAAUACCGUGCCCUUUAUAUCCUGUAUAUCAGCUUCUUUUGAAUAAAGUAAAAUGUCUUAGAACAGA